AUGAUACAUAGUUAUUUAACGGGUUCAGCACUCUAUCAUCAAAUGAUGACAACAUCAGAACAAUAUCAACAUUAUAUCAUGAGAGAAAUGCGUCUCUAUGAACAUUCAGCUCAUUGUCCAGUGGCACUUCAACUAUUUCUUGAUCGUAAUCCAAGUUAUUGGUGUUUUAUUCCAAUGUUAGAAGAUGAAACGCACAGAGAAGAUGAUCUCUAUGCAAGAAUUAUUGGAGCUACUCGUUCAGAAAUCAUCUUGAUGCUAGCAGUAGAUACAGAACAUCAACGAAAAAUAGUAGACCUUUUAUGUCAUGUACCCUUAUCAGCAACACGAAGUAAAUUCUCAUGCGUACAAAAACAUGAACAACGACUAUUUUUUGAUCGUUUUCUUACAAGUCUUGUUGAUGAAUUACCAUACAUAGAAACUGAUUUGUAUCAAAUGAAAAUUAUUGCCGUUUUACCCACUGAUGAAUCAAUCAUCUUACGAUACCUUAUUGAAACAUUAUUUAUUAUUCAUUGUGAAACGAAAUUAAACAUGAUAUGUCCAACUGACAUUAAUCCUAAGCGACCUUAUGGUCUACCCUAUGAUCCUCAAUGGAAGUCACAAAUGCCGCGUCCAACACUAAGAAGUACAGAAUUUAUUCUUUCAAUAAUUGAAAAGAUAAAAGAACUCAAUCGUCGUCCAGCCAACUAUCCUGAAUAA